AGAUGAAGGGCCACAGAAUCCUGUCAUGUACACGAACUGAUAACUUGCCGAACGUCCACACUAAAUCCACGUAGCCGAGGAAAAAGGAUGCAUGCCUGCGGACAUCGUCAACGUGCAGGAUGGUGCAGGAUGGGGAAUCGACCUCGCGGCACCUUCGAAUCUUGUGUGCACGAGACGAGACGAGAUGUGUGGCCUGUCUCUGGCCUUCGCUCCCCAUCGCGUAGCCUGCGAUGCGAGCUCAGAAUUGCAAGAGAGAGCGGUUUGGACCUUCGUUGCCGACGGCAAGGCAAUCAUUCACGUGCCAUCGUUGGACGGCCUCGCAGCCAAUCGACAUGCGGCUUCAGCCUGGAACCUCAGGCCUCCUCCAGGUUGGCGACCCAGACGCCAUAACACUCAUGCCGACCAGCGUCUCAGAUAUUUUACUACAUUUAUUGUCUACAAAAUUCAAUUUACUUUUUAAUAUUUUAUAACGUGUGAUGCGUUUAAGUGCGAAACCAAUUUCAUGACAUUAAUUUUUUUUGAAUAUUAUCAAGUUACG